CGCGGCAACAUUCACGCCUCGGCACGCCUUUGCUUUCGAUGUUUCGGCGCUAAUCGAAUUUGUUUGUUUCGACGUACUGCAAAGUGAAUAUUCGAAAUAAAAAAUUAUAUUGAAAAAAAAUAAAUGAAACAAAGUGCGCACUCGCAUUGAAAGUGCAAAUUGCAAAUACUGGAAGUGUUGCAAAUACCUUCCAAAUAUUACCUAUACUUGUACAAUUGCGUAUGGACGCCACAUCAGAUGUAAAUUAAGUCCUUCGCGCGAUCAAUAAUCAGAAAAGGUUUUACAUCCUUGACCGUGUGUGAGAAAUGCGUGAGCACAGCCACACAACACCUCGUCGACGAGGUCCAAAGUUGCCUCUACCAGUUGCUCGACGAGAACAUUACGGAGAACAUUUUGAAGUGUCGGAGUCACCAUAUUACACCAUCGACAACACAGAAGACAUUUAUGGCACAACUCUUUUGCCUUCGCAACGUUGUUAUGUGGAUCCAUGGGAUUUGGAAAAUUAUGACUAUGUCAGAAAAAAGCUGAGUUCCACUCCAGUACGUUCUUCGCCUGAACCUUAUUAUGACACGUCACUUUCCACUAGUCCGUAUUAUAAGUUACGCUCGCCGUCACGAGAGAUCCAUGAGGAACUACCAGUGACACCGUCACAUCGCCUAGCUGCCACCAUGCCUCGUAAUCGGCGUCGCUCCCACUGGAACGAGGCAUGCCAACUAGAUUGUUGCACAUCACCAGUGCCAAUGAUACGUCGUCGUCGCUACGAAGAUAGUCGCAGUGAGCUUUAUGGUGUGGGCCGCGGAAAGUAUGAGGAUUACAUGUCAUAUAUGAUGAUGAAUUUAGAAGCAGAAGAAGAUGCAUAUACUGGUUAUGGAGGUAUCUCUUCAUCCUCCUCUACUGAAUUGCACAGCUCCAUUGGCGAGGAACAUAUCCAAACAUCGACAAUGAUAUCGAACAAAACGUCUGGAUAUGAUGCUAUAGCUCGACCACGCAGUGGCCCGUCAUAUGAAAAACCAGCUCCGCAUUUUGAAUUUCCUGCUCCACCAUCGCUACCCCCACCUCCUCUUGCUUACGACUACUCUAACCCCUAUGCAACCUUACCAUAUUGUAGCGUAUCAGAGUGUUAUGAUUGCUCGAUGAUAUACGCCCCCUCUCCUUCGAUGUACGGGUACAUGGAUGCGGGCAAUAAAGGGAGUACAAUUUAUGGUAGUACCGUAGGGCGAAGACCAUCCUCAUCGCUCUGCAGCGGAAUUUACGGGAAUAAAUUCGGGUUGAGCAAAAAAGGUCUUCUCCAAAUCGACUAUUCGUGCAGUUGGAAUGAUCUGGAUCGUAUUAUCAGACGCCACUACUAAAGCAAAUCAGCAUCAUGAGCUGAAUCACAUAUUAAUAAAAUUCGGAGAUUAUUAAUCAUAUCGUUAUUGUUGUAAAAUAUGUACCACAUCUUCAUUCAUGUUGUUUUAUUAUUAUGAUAGUGUUUAAAGCGGUAGGCAAACCAUUAUU